UAUAGGAUGGGAGUGAUAUGUUCAAAUUCGUAAAUAAAAAGAAAGGAAUCAAAAUAAAUAUAAACUGAUAAAAUAGUUGAAAUAAUAAAUAAUAAUUCAUAUAACUAUAAUAACCUAAACAUAGUAAUAGAGUUGAUAUACGAUAUUAGUAUCUUUGAUAUGGCGAUAUAUUAGUAAAUGAUCUUGAUUUGUAGUAGAAACAAGAAGUAUAAGUGGUAGAAUAGAUUAAGAUAUAAUUGAUAC